AUGGGAAUGGAGUUCGAGCUUGCGCGGCCGGGAACGCUGGGGCGGGUUGAGGACCCCCCCUCCCUGUCAAACUUCAACCGCUCUGUGUACGGACUCUAUCCCGGCUUUCACUUCAACAGGUCGCAAGCACAGUGGGUCGCAAACCGUCCCGAUCCCCAGGUAUCCGACUGGAAGAUCGAUUUCCUCCCCUCGGCUGGGAAUGUGUCCUCGCAGCUUCAGUUUCAGUUCAACGGGACCGGCAUCGAGCUCCUCGUCUCUGCCGACGUUGAGUACAUGGACCCCGAGCCAGGACCACUGCGGGUUGAGCUGAAGACUCCAUGGACGCCUGUUGAGACGGCCGCUGUUGACGUGACGUACUCGCCAGCGGAUGCGACGUGGACUGCGAGGAGUGACCCGACAAAGCUCGCGCACAACCAGUGGGUCGGCACUGUGAUUUUCCCGACCGCGGUGAGGACGAGAGUCGAGAAACUUACCUUCCUGUAUGAUCUUCCGGUACGAGAUGAUCACUUGCUGAACAUGACCGAGAUCUUGGCGAACGCUUCCGAAGUCAGUCCCUUCAUGUCGGUGACAAGGGACAACGCUACAUGGCUGUCGGCUGGUCUAACGGCCGGCGGCGGGUCGGCGAGCGGCCUGGUGGAGCUCAACAACUCGACCGGCAAGAUCAUCGAGCUACCCGCGAACAUCUCCUUCCUAUCCAUCAUCGGCGAGCGCUCUUUCCCACCAGGCGACGGCUCCGAGUGCCGCUUCGUGUUCGACCCGCCCCUUCUGGCGGGAUGGGGCCUGCACGGACCGAGCCAGGACAACUACACCCACGUCGACACCGGCAACCCGAGCGACAUCCCCAUCUACUGGCAGAACGGGACGAGACGAGAGCACGAUGGCGCGCAGCCGCAGCUCCACCGCGGCCUGGCCCCGGGCGUAUACGUGUCCGACAUUGAGAACGUGACUCUGCUCGACCAGCAGCUCGACCCGACCGUUCAGUACAAGCUUGCCAUCGUCUCCGGCCCAAGGUGGCCAGUGGAUGCUCGCGGUCUCUAUGUUGUCUCGCCGCCAGGUGUCGUGCCAGAGGUGCGGGUGUCCGCCAAUCCCUGCGAAUUCAGCAAACUGCAAGUAUGGCAGACUGUGCCCGACCCCGCGAAGCGGAAGGCUACGGCCCCUUCCUCGACCAGCGCAGUACCGGCACCGUCGACAUCGGUUUCGGACGGCGUCGCCGACGGAGCCGGGAUUGAAGGCAAGGGCCUAUCAGGUGGUGCCAUUGCGGGCAUAGUGGUUGGGGCUUUGCUCGGCGUCCUUCUUCUCGUUGGCCUAGCGGUGUGGGCCAUCCGUCGCCGGCGCGUCGAGAAUGCCCCCGAUGACCUGGACAGCGACAUUCCGGACUUCACCCCUGUCUCGCCGUACAUUCCAGCUGCUUCAUCCCGCAGCACCGGGCUCGCAGUCAAUCGCAAGACAUCGCCCUCUUCGGCAGGGCAGCGGCAACGUGCGGCACACCACGAUGAGGACCCUGGCACAUUGCCUGACGAGGAAGCAGGUGAGGUUGUCCUUCCCCCGUUGUGUCGAGAAGAGUGGAAUCAGGCUGGUGGCCGUGUACCCAGAGGAGAUUGA